UUUAGGGCUAUGAUAGGAGCAGGACUGGCUGAGUGGGAGAACAGAGGAGAAAUGCACAGGGUGGAGGGCAUAGUAUUCCAACUGUCUGAUUCCUCCCUGAUGGACCAUGGCCUUUGGCGCAGGAGGCAGCAUCCGCCCAGUGUUAAACCACAGAAAGGACGAUGUGACAGGAGGCAGCUUGUUAGAGUGAAAAGAGCUCUGGACUAAGCAUGAAAGUUCCCAGGGUCCAGCCUGAGGGCGGCUGUCUUUAGUAACAGUGAGUGAGUGAUUGAUUUUUCCCUAUCCCAGUAUCUGUUUCCUCUUCUGUAAAAUGGAUCAAGUAAUCUGUUGAUGGUAGCUGUAGUGAUGAAAUGGGGAAAUAUUUACGAAUGCACUGCAGAAAAAAGAAAGCCCUUCACUGUGUGGUGCCAGAUAAGGUACUUGAUGUGGUCAGACUUGGUGUUGGGAAAGUUGUUUAGACUGGACCACUUUCCAUAGAGAGACUUUCCCUUGAUAACCAGCAGAAGCCACCUGGAAGAGCCCAGGAUGUUCCCAGGUGGAGGGAUGUGGGACAUGGUUCUUCUCCUUAGAGAAAGGAGGGGAUCUUGUGAGAGCUGUGAAGGUUCAUAGAGCCUGUGUCUUUGGCAGAAUUUGUGGCAGGAUGGAUGAUCCAGCUGUAGAAGCCAAGAUGGAAGGUGGACAAGUAUGCAGUGAUAUAAGGGAGAAAGGACACUUUAAAUGUUUGUCCAAUUCCUGGCAGAAGGUGUCAUGAUGAUGAUCCUCUGGUUUAGAGUCAGACUGCCUGAUGGAUCGGAAAUCCAUGCUAGGGCAAUUGUUUAAAGACAAUGCAUUAGAACUUCCAUACAGUACUAAUUCAUACCUAGGUAUUUAUGAGUCUAUGACCAUGUGAGUUGCUGUGUUGGUAGUGAGUGACGUGGCAAGAAGCUGACUUCUUGGAUAUUUCUGAAUUUGCAGAAAUUCGUGAAGAUGAGGAAGAUGAACAAGCACAAGAGAUACUCACAUCUAGGUAACAGUGAACUAGCAGGAGCUGGUAAUGGGUAGGUAAAUUAUGGACAGGGUCACAGAAAGAACAGUGAGGUCAAGAGAGUCACAGAUGCCAGACGCAAGGAGAAGCAGAACUGCAGACUGUAUUGAUUUACUUCACUCAACCCACAUGGAAAUGGCCGUGUUAACUUGGUCGUCUGUUGUCUCCGUGCUACUUGUAUGUACGACCCAAGGUGAAUGCACCACCCUUAGGAUUUCCUGCACACACAGAGAAUAUCUAUUCUCUCCUAAAGGAACUCCAAGCGUGGAGCGGCAGGAGGUUGAAAAGAAGGAAGUGCCUCAGGACUCCCAGGAUGAAUGUGUUUUGACUCCUUCAAUUCUCCAAGGAAGUUCUGACUGCAACCAGCCUUACAGUGAUGGCAAAUUUGCAUUUGAUGAAUCAGAAGUGGGCCCUGCUCCGGAUGGAGCCUGUGGUUGCUCCCAUGCUAAAGAGGAUGAAAUUCCAACUGAUCUCCCAAGUAGCCUCCAUAUUUGUUCCCCAUACCUGUGUAGACUGAGGAAGGUCAUCUCUGAAGAUAGUCCCUAUAGACACAUCUUGCUUAAAUCAGGGAAAAGGAUCUAUUAUGAAACACAGACAUCAGGUGGCUCAGGGAGCCUUUAUCCCUUUCUAGGCCCCCGUCAUGCCUUUGUCACCCUGGCACCAGUGUCAGGCAUUUGGACCCAAAUCAGGUGUGACAAACUCUCAUCCACCUUGGGUGGAAAUCUACAGGAGGUGUUUGUCAGACCUAGUUUGGAUCAAAUGUGUCUUGUCACCUGCAAUGACCUAAUUUUUGUUUUUUUGUACAAUGUCCCUGGCCUUUCUAUCCUUAUCCAGACACAACGGCAGACUUGCAUAUACAUCAGGAGAGGUUGUUUCCCUGGUUUCACUGCUCUCAGUCCCAGUCUCCAUCUUCUCUAUGUUGGCUUCUAACUGUUAGCUAAGCAGUCAUCGGAAAACCAGGACAGACACAGCUGUACCAUUGCCUUGUUUGGAUGUUUCCAUGAAGCAAGGCUGGGCUCUGGCAGUCCCUUCAGCCUCGAAUGGGCAUGGUUUCUGUGUCACACCAAAGAUUCUUUUUUGGUUUGAGGGUUUAUACAAUUCAUCCAUCACUCUAGUCUCAAGUAUAAAUUCCUCUAAACCAUCAGCAACCACAUAAUCUGAUGGGACUAACCAAUAUUGUAGAAACAAUUCUAGAAAAUAACUCAGCUCAUUUUCUAGGAUCACUGGGGAAAAUAUAUCAUUAACUAUUUAUACAGGCUCAGAACAAAGGAUGUUGGGAGAGCACUCUACCAGAUCAAUAAGAGAAUUUCCCUGAUGGGUCUGGGGUCCAGUCUAAUUCUAAGACUUAAGCGUCCUGGAAUGUCUCUGCUAAUGUAUUAUGUUCUUGCACUGAGAAUAUUCAUGUCCUUGUGGUGUGUUCACUGAGUAGGUAUGUGUGAGACGUGAUUUGCUUAUUGUGACCCACUGUCUCUGAAUUUCUUGCUAGACAAUCAAAAUGAUCAUAAGCAAGUGGAUGGACAAGAGCCAGUAUCCCCCAGCGUGAACCUACAGGAUGUUGGAAAGAAGGAAGUGCUCCAGGAAUCCCAAGAUGAAUGUGUUUUGGCUCCUUCAACUCCCCAGGAAGGUUCUAACUGCUACCAGCCUUACAGUGAUGAAAAAUUUGCAUUUGAUGAGGAGAAAGUGGGGUCUGCUCUGGAUGGAGCCUGUGGUUGCUCCCAUGCUAGAGAAGAUGAAAUUUCAACUGGUCUCCUAG